UCGUAACUUUCAUUCCGACACAGUAUUCGUUAACUGAGCACCUCGUCAGGUAACAUUUUAUUAAACGGCAUCAAAAUCUCAACAAUGAAGAAAUAUUUUCACCCAUUCACAACUGUAACAUUUUUGAUUAUUUCAUCGAAUGUAGCAGUUAUCGAAAGUGGUAUGACAGUACAACAAAUGGAAUACGCUGGCAAAGCUAUAAGAGAUACAUGUAAACCACAAUUUAAUGUCAGUGACGAAAUCAUCAACGGGAUGAAAAUUGGCCAAUUUCCAGAAAAUGACGAUUUAAAGUGCUUUGUGAACUGUGUGAUGGAACUGAUGCUCAUCAUGCGUAAUGGUGCUCCGAACUUUACCGCUGCAGCAAAACAUAUUCAUCUUUUACCGGAAGAUUUACGUGAACCAUAUACGAAUGGAAUGAAUGCUUGUAAGAACGCAGCUGAUGGCGUUCAAGGCAAAUGUCAAAUUGCUUACACAUUGAUAAAAUGUACCCACAAGAAUAAUCCUGUGUUUAUGUGGCCUUAAAUCUGACGCAGUUAAACAACUUCAGGCAGCCACGGAUGUUCCGACAAACUCU